UAACUAUCUAGGCUUUUUAGAAGGAAGUAAACAUUUUGAUCUAUCUAUACGCAUAUAAUUUUAAAAAUAACGAUUUUUAGAUGAUAAUAUCUCAACAACUAUUUGAGCUGUAGUUAUAAGGUAUUCUAGAUAAGUUUAUAAGAUUAAAUAUGUAAACUGAAUUUCAUGUUCUGCUGUUAAAUUAGAUUUUGUGAUAAUAUGUACACAAAAGUUGCCUCAAAUGGUUCGUGUAAAGAUAUCUUGGCUGACGCACUCCGCGCGUCUCUAUUAAGUGAAAACAUUUAUUUUAAUUUAACGAAAAAUAUUAGCGAGCCAUAAAAACUCAUAUUGUAAUUAUGACUCUGCAUUUAAAUAUCUAAAGCUUGUCUACUGUUCCAAUAAAUCAACUUGCCUACGUUCUUAUAUUUGGAUGUAAGUCUAUUACAUACAUCAGACUAAGAAUCAGUUUAACUUUGAUUGUAUAAAACAUUGCAUUAGUAUAGACAACAGUAUUUGCACAAGAUAAAGAGCAGAAAUUAUAUUUUUCUCAUCGCUCGUUAGAUCUCAUCUCGUCUCGUCACUUCUCAGCUUGUCUAAGGGAAUUACGAAAAUGAGUGUGGAAAAAACUAAAAUGAAAAAAUACGUAUUGGUGGCACCGGAUGGUGGAUGGGGUUAUAUGAUUUGUGUGGGUGUGAUCCUUAAUAUGAUAAGUAUAACAUCGUUUUUGACUUGCUUCGGAGUGAUUUACAAGGAAUUGUUUAUUCAACUAAAGAUGGAUUCAACGAGUGUAACAUUGUACAAUGGAGUGGCUUGUCUCGUAGUUUCCUUAUCAGGGCUUAUGAAUAACGUUCUGUUGAAAUACUUAUCAUUUCGUAAACUGGGAUUAAUUGCAGCAUUAAUAUACAAUAUUGGUAUGUUCGGUACCGCAUUCACGACAUCGAAAUUUCACUUUUUUCUCUUUCAAGGAGUAAUUCAGAGUAUAGGACAUGGAAUUAUAAUUAACUUAACUUUUACUGUGCUUAAUAACUAUUUUGUAAUAAAAAGAUUGUUUGCUGUUAGCUUGGCACAAACUGUGGCAGCCGCAUUUGGAUUUGUAACACCAGGUUUGGUGAAGUGGGCUAUAGAAGUGUAUGGCUUUAGAGGCUGUAUCCUGCUGAUAACUGGUGUAUGUAUGCAUACUAUUUUCGCAAUGAUGUUAAUGCAACCAGUGGAGUGGCAUAUGAAGAAGGUCGAAGUAUUCGAAUACCCAGAAGGUAUGAUAUUUACUUCACUAUUAUCGAAAGAAGAUCUCACUGAUGAUCUUAUAAAGGUCAAUUUUCUCACGAAUCCUUUUACGUAGAACUCCUGAGAAUUA